AUUACUGGUUGGUUUAGGAAUACUUGAGAUAGAACCCUCUCGGACUCAUCAUGGACUACGCUUAUGCCUUGUUGGACAGAGGGUAUAUCCCGGAUUCAGUGCUCCGACCCACUAUCAGAAGCUUGUGUCGAAAGCGACAGCGAGAAAUCGAUCGAGGCUCACUCACCGCUCAGCACGCUGCAAAGCUUGAAUUUAUCUCUGAUCUCUACUCUAGACCUAUCGCUAUCGAGCAGGAGAAAGCCAACGAACAGCACUAUGAAGUUCCUACGGAAUUUUUGAAGCUAUGCCUUGGACCUCGGAUGAAAUAUUCUUCUUGCAUCUUUGAAAACGACAAGAGCUCGCUGGGAGAUGCUGAAGAUGCUAUCCUGUCCAGCUAUUGCGUCGAUGCGAGACUUGGAAAGGGCUUGAGAGGCGUAGGAGGAAGCACAUCCUCCGUCUCCCUGCCUGGUCCUAAAGUCGAGGGAAAGAGUCAAUCACAGGUCAAAGAAUGGGAAGCUGGCAAGGAAGGGGAAGGCCUGAGGAUAUUGGACUUGGGAUGCGGUUGGGGCUCAUUGGGUCUUUUCUUGGCUGAGCACUACCCCGCCGCAUCCAUCACCAUGUUGUCCAACUCUCGCACACAAAAGCUUCAUAUCGAUGGAGUGGCCGAGUCCAAGGGGUUCAAAAAUGUCAAAGUCAUCACGGGAGAUGUCAAUGUAUACGACUUCGAGGAGAAAGAACAGUUCACCCAUAUCCUCUCCAUUGAAAUGUUUGAACAUAUGAAAGCGUACCCUGCUCUCCUUCGGAAAAUCUCUACCUGGCUCGCUCCUUCCGGAUACCUAUUCAUCCACUUUUUCUGCCACAAGGAUACGCCUUAUCACUUUGAGGAAGACGACGGUUGGAUGGCUCAGACCUUCUUCUCAGGCGGUACGAUGCCUUCCCUCGACUUGUUCACGUACUUCCAGGAUGAUCUCAAAGUCGUCCAUUCCUCGUACCUCAACGGCACGCAUUACGCCAAGACGCUCGAGGCAUGGCUCAAACUCCAGGACAAGAAUAGUAAGGAAGGUAUGAGGAUACUCCAAGAGGCGAUGGGUGCGGAAGAGGGAAGCAAGACGUUUUACAGAUUCAGAGUCUUCUUCAUGGCUUGUGCAGAGUUCUUCGGGCUCGACAAGGGAGAGACGUGGGGUGUGGCGAGGUACCUAUUUGAGAAGAGGUGAACGUUAGGCGGAAUUUUGAAACGGGCGAAAAUAACGCCAUAUGAGUGCCCAACCUCACGUUAGAGAUGACAUCAAUGCAUGAUACAUACAGUAGAUC